AACUCUUUGGAUUAAACUCACGUGUCCGUGUCGUCCCCCGCAGGCUGGACUCAGACCCAUCUGUGAGUUCAUGACCUUUAACUUCUCCAUGCAAGCCAUCGACCAGGUCAUCAACUCUGCUGCAAAGACCUACUACAUGUCAGCCGGUCUGCAGCCGGUGCCCAUCGUCUUCAGAGGACCCAACGGAGCGUCAGCAGGCGUCGCCGCGCAGCACUCGCAGUGCUUCGCUGCAUGGUACGCUCACUGUCCAGGUCUGAAGGUUGUGAGUCCCUGGAACUCAGAAGAUGCCAAAGGUCUCCUGAAGUCGGCCAUCAGAGACGACAACCCUGUGGUGUUCCUGGAGAACGAGCUAAUGUACGGUGUUCCCUUCGAGAUGUCGGAGGAGUCACAGUCCAAAGACUUCACCAUUCCCAUCGGCAAGGCCAAGAUCGAGAGACAAGGGACUUCUGUCACUUUGGUCAGUCACUCUCGGUACGUUGGUCACUGCCUGGAUGCCGCCGCCGUCCUCGCCAAGGAGGGAAUCGAGUGUGAGGUGAUCAACCUGCGGACCAUCCGUCCCAUGGAUGUGGAGAGUAUCGAGGCCAGCGUGAUGAAGACCAACCACCUGGUGACGGUGGAGGGCGGCUGGCCUCAGUUUGGCGUCGGAGCUGAGAUCUGCGCCAGGAUCAUGGAAG